GGAACACAGGGCUCAGCACCGGGCCCGAGCUCUGGCUCCCGGCGCCAGACGUCUGCGCGGUGCCCCAAACAGCUUGUCAAAAAGACCUCGCAGAGAGAGGUUCAGAGCUGUAGCUUUCCAGCGAGGCUACCAUGCAGACCCAGCUACGAAAACUAAACCAAACUAGCGGAGAAUUGACAGCCAAAACCAGCCCACAAGUGCCCUCUUCUAUUUCAGCGGGGCGGGAGCGGAAGUUCAGGUGGGUCAUAGAGUUCUCUAGUUCUGGUUUCCGGACCGCAUUCGGGACUAGAGCGCCUCUCUUCCGCCAGGCAUCCUUGAGGUCCUGGUGGUUUCAUUUCCGGGUGCGGCUUCUGUCAUAAAGCGGAGACCUCCCUUCAAACGUGGCGUCGUGGGUUGUUUGCGCCUCGCCUGGGGUCAGCGAGCAAGGACGGGCGCGGGCGGGGAUACUCAAAGCCAACAGCUGGAGUCAGUCCUCGUGUCCCGGGCUCACAGUGGCACGACUGAAUCCUCAGAGUCGGCUGGCUUUUGAGCUCUCACGAUUGGGGAGGAGGGGGCGUUUCUGGUUCGCAGCUCCAGAGGAUUGCGUUCCUUCCCCCAUACCUGUCCCCCACAGUCACGCUGUGCCCUGACGUGCAGCAUUUGACAAGUUACCCCCUCGCCACAUACUACUUCCACCCACGUCCGAGUUAACUUUGUUCUUAACCUUCUUGAGACUACCCUCGGCCUCCAGGUCUUUUUUUCCCAGUUCAUUUUUGCCCAUAAGAUUGAGUUUCGCGUUUCAGAUAUCAUGCAGAAAGUUUACCUUUAAGACUGAGCACCCAUCUGAUACUCUUCCUCCCGAAAAAGUUCAUGCUCACGAGAGAGUUUGUGGGAAAAGUGAAAGCCAGUACACGCAGGAAACUAUGGCUGAGCACGGGGCUCACUUCACAGCUGCUUCUGUGGCCGAUGACCAGCCAUCCAUCUUUGAGGUGGUAGCACAGGACAGUUUAAUGACAGCAGUGAGACCCGCUCUUCAGCAUGUGGUCAAGGUUCUUGCAGAAUCAAAUCCCACCCACUAUGGCUUCUUGUGGAGGUGGUUUGAUGAAAUCUUUACUCUGCUAGAUCUUCUGCUCCAGCAACAUUAUCUGUCUAGAACCAGUGCCUCAUUUUCUGAAAACUUUUACGGCUUAAAGAGAAUUGUAAUGGGGGACACUCACAAGUCUCAGAGAUUGGCUAGUGCUGGUCUCCCAAAGCAGCAGCUUUGGAAAUCUAUUAUGUUCCUGGUUCUUCUUCCCUAUCUGAAAGUGAAGCUGGAGAAGCUGGUUUCUAGCCUGAGAGAAGAGGAUGAAUAUUCUAUUCAUCCCCCUUCUUCCCGCUGGAAACGAUUUUACAGAGCCUUCCUGGCAGCCUACCCAUUUGUGAACAUGGCCUGGGAAGGAUGGUUUCUUGUACAACAACUUCGAUACAUCCUAGGAAAAGCUCAGCAUCACUCACCACUGCUGAGGCUGGCUGGAGUUCAGCUAGGUCGACUGACAGUUCAGGAUAUACAAGCUCUGGAGCACAAACCAGCUAAGGCCAGCAUGAUGCAGCAACCAGCCAGGAGUGUUAGUGAGAAGAUAAAGUCAGCUCUGAAGAAAGCUGUUGGGGGUGUUGCCUUAUCCCUGUCUACUGGCCUUUCUGUGGGUGUAUUCUUCUUGCAGUUCCUUGACUGGUGGUACUCAUCUGAAAAUCAAGAAACCAUCAAGUCAUUGACUGCCCUGCCUACUCCACCACCACCUGUACACCUAGACUAUAACUCUGAUUCUCCCCUCUUACCCAAAAUGAAGACUGUGUGCCCACUGUGUCGUAAAACCCGGGUGAAUGAUACUGUUCUUGCCACCUCUGGCUAUGUGUUUUGUUACCGCUGUGUGUUUCAUUAUGUGAGGAGUCACCAAGCUUGUCCCAUCACAGGUUAUCCAACAGAAGUACAACAUCUGAUUAAACUCUACUCCCCUGAGAACUGAAAGGGAAUCAUGUCUUAUCCUCACAACAAAAGUAUUGCGCUGUAAUGUCACAGAGCUGGUUUCAGCAUGGUAUUGACACUUCUCAGCCUCAAUUCAUAACUAUAUGAACUUUAAAUGAUUAUAUGGAUUUCUUUAAAUGGAUAUGCCCAUUUGAUCCUAACCUUUUAGCCUGCUCUCUAGAACCCUACUUACAGUUGACCAAGCUGCUUAAAGUAGAAGAAUCAGGACUGGCAGGGGAUAUGAGGGCCAGUGUAGAGAUUAAACAGAAUAAUGAGUACACAAGUUUUUGCCUAUCCCUUUCCUUAAAAUAUAAGAAAUACAGAAGCUCUUAGGAAAAACCCAGGUUAGACCGCAUAAAAAAUAAAGUGAACAGUGAGGUGGUAGCAAGACUUCUUUUUAGAAAAGAAAGCAUUUACCUGCCUGUCUGUAAGGUGGAAAUUUCAUCAGUUUGCAAACGAUAAGAAAUGUAGACCUGCUCUUGAUAGAGAUGCUUAGAAACACUUUGGUGGGGGGAAAAGCUCCUUCCAUAUACUGUGAGACAUUUGUUAAGUGACAUCUGUUGUUUAUCAGCUUUUAAGGAUAAAAACGGAUAUUUUAAAAGUUGGAUAUUUAGGAUAUUUGAGGAUAUUCCUUUAUGAGCUCUCCAUAUCCUUCUUGGGAAACUGGUUAAAAAAGGAAUAGGGGUUGAGUGUUACAGAGAGUAGUCUGAAGAUUCCUGUGUGAAAGCAAAGCUAACAAGCAAUGAAGAGAUGAAGCAAAAUACUAAUCUAAUUGUGUAAAGAAAGGAUAUUUUAAUAAGUUCUUUCUGCUUGCUGCUAAGAGUUUGCUAAACUGUCAUGAAUUAUUCUGGUUAUUACUAAAGUUUCUAUGAAACACUUAAGUAGAUUUUAAGAAUAAAUGUUUCUGGAAAAGAACUUCUAUGUUAUGAUUUUGUAGAAAUGUAAAGAUUACUUGAGGUGUUUAAAAUAAAUUUUUCAUUCAGACUA